CUCAGAACAGAGUAUGUGAGACUUUUCAAUGCUGCUAGAAACACAGUGAGCUCUCCAUUCUCACGGCAAUAUGGGCUCAUAUUCGAUGGACCUCUGUCUGCUUGCUGGGAGUGGCCAUGGAGAAUUGGCCGAGCAGGUCAGCUCCAGGAUUGGGUAUCCGGUGGGACUAGGAGCCCUUCGUAGCACGCGAUUCUCCAACGGGGAGAACUGCGUGACGAUCGAGGCGUCGGUCCGCAACGCUGAUGUCUUCAUAAUCCAAACGGCGUCGACCCCCGUCAAUGAUAUGCUCAUGGAGCUCCUCAUCGCGAUAAACGCGUGCAAAAUCGCUUCCGCCAGGCGGAUUACGGCAGUUCUACCAUGCUUUCCGUACUCACGGCAGGACAAGAAGGACCGAAGCAGAGCUCCUAUUACGGCGAAGCUCGUUGCUAACAUCUUGGAGAGUGCGGGUUGCAACCAUGUUAUCACGAUGGAUCUGCAUGCGUCGCAGAUCCAGGGAUUUUUCAACAUUCCGGUUGAUAAGCUUUUUUCGGAGAAGACGAUGGUGGAGUAUAUUAGCCAAAACUACGGAACUGAUGACUUGGUCAUCGUGUCUCCGGAUGCUGGAGGCGCGAAACGUGCCGCUUCCAUUGCCGACAGGCUUCAUGUUGAUCUCGCCCUGAUUCAUAAAGAACGUAAGGUCGCUAAUCAAGUGAGCCGUAUGAUUCUCGUUGGCCAUGUCUCCGGGAAAGUGGCGGUGCUUGUGGAUGACAUCGCAGACACAUGUGGAACGCUUGCGAUGGCAGCCACAAUCCUCAAGGAGCACGGCGCCAGCAGCUGUGUUGCGGUCGUUACUCAUGGCUUUCUCAGCGGACCCUCGGUGAAGGUUAUCGAGGACAGCGACCUCGACAGACUUGUCGUCUCGAAUACCCUGCCGCUCCCAGAUCACGCGCGAUCAUGCUCGAAGAUUUACCAGAUGGACGUUAGUGUCACUAUCGCGGAGGCAAUCCGGAGGACACAUAAUGGAGAGUCGAUUUCCGUCUUGUUCUCGUAGCUCAUAGUUAUUUUACAGAUUCAAUGCUAUACUUGGAAUACUACGAAAAGUCCGUAUUGGUGGAGAGAUUGGAUUAACUUGAAUAUGCGCACACAUUUAUUAGCAUGACAAUAUUGGCUAUCAAUAUCAAUCUUUACCUCGAA